UAGCUGUCCCUGCUGCAGGGCCUGGGCUCAAUUAGAAGUCACUAUGAUGCCAGACGAUGGCAUUCUUGGAUUUGCUUUUUAUUUUCAAUUCAUCGUAUCAAACAGCAGGAAUUUAGAAAACUUCGUCUCUCCAGAAUCAUGUCCAAAUGCAGUAUCAUGCGCUGCACAAAGAGAGAAUGUCUCUAGCACCGGGUUCAGAAGACUCCCCCAGGGCAGCACAAGCACUGUGAGAGGUGUUUCAGCCGGCACUGCCGUGCACCGAUUGAGCCCUCCAUCUCCUGCAUGGUGAUCAGCUGCCACCUUCACUGCGGGGCCACCUUUCACAUGUGCAAGGAGGAGGAGCACCAAUUGCUCUGUCCCUUAGAGCAGGUCUCCUGCCUCAACUCGGCCUACGGCUGUCCUUUCUCCAUGGCCCGCUUUAAGCUGGCGAAGCACCUUCAGGUCUGUCCAGCCAGUGUUGUUUGCUGCUCGAUGGAGUGGAAUCGCUGGCCAAAUGUAGAUUCAGACACAACCCUCCAUGAGAACAUUAUGAAGGAAACCUUGAAUGAAGACUGUCUCGACACAGCCUUGGCCCUCAGAGACCAGAAGAUACUUUUCAGGACUUUGAAAAUGGCUGAAUUGUUUCCAGAAUGGAGAGAAAAGUAUGAAGUGGAAGAGCUAAUGGAUGAAGCCACAGGGGAGGAAGAAGGUGCUGUGGGAGGAUUAACCUGUGGUUCCCAAGAAGGUGAUGACCAAUCAUCUGAGCUCAGCCAACAUGAGCGUGAACAACUGGCAAAGGACAAGGAAGGAAUGGAUCUGGGGGGUUACAAAACCUGGGAGAACAUUUUCAGCAAAGAGCUCUUGGCUUGCAAGGUAACAGACUCAGCAGUUAGUGCAGGAAAAAAGAUGGAGGAGGCUUCCAAGAAAACAGCAUCAGCCCCUUGCGCUGAUACCUCUGCAGAGAAGGCAAAGGAGGUGCCUGAUGCAGAAGAAGCAAAAGACCAAAAGACUGAACAGGUGUCACCAAAUACAGAAAUGACAGGACUGGCUCCCUGGCAAGAAGGAGUCCUGGAGAGGUUGAAGAAAGAAGUUGGUGUAGCUGAUUACAAUAUGUAUCUGGUACAUCAUGGAGGAAUGCUCAUUCGCUUUGGCCAGCUAGCUGCUUGCACUCCCAAAGAAAAAGACUUUGUGUAUGGGAAUUUGGAAGCUCAGGAGGUAAAGACUGUCUAUACCUUCAAGGUGCCAGUUAGCUACUGUGGCAAAAGAGCACGACUAGGAGAUGCCCUGGGACACAAGAUGCCAACCUCAGACAAGUUGGUGGAUACCUCAGAAUUGGGAAUAAGCCUAGAACAACUACCUAAAGCAAAUAUAAUUAAAACCACACUGUUGUGUGCACUGGAAAAAGAACUGAAAGGCCAUGAGAUCUCUGAAGCAAGGGGUAUUGAUGGACUUUUUAUGGAUUUUGCAACACAGACAUACAACUUUCAGGUGGAACCCUUCUCCUCCAAUGCUGUUCUAGCAGAUAUUGUGGAUGAAAAAAGCCCACCCGAACUCCAUGUGGAGCUCUACACAGAAUGUGUAACAAGGAGACACAACAAAAGCAGUUCAGCUUUCACAUUCACGUGCAGUCACUUCUUCAGGAGGGAUGAGUUCCCAUCACAUUUCAAGAAUGUGCAUGCUGAUAUCCAGUCAUGUCUGGAUGGAUGGUUCCAGCAUCGUUGUCCACUGGCCUACUUGGGAUGCACUUACGUUCAAAGCCACUUCCGCCCCACUGGACAUAAGGCCAAGGUUAUAUACAGUCAGCCUCUCAAGACAUUUGCUAUUAAACCAGAGGUUGACACCGUCCUUGCUGAAUCAGGGACGUGCAACUCCUCAGUAGCUAAUCGAGGGAGAAAUAAAGACUCACUGAGUAGCCUGCCAGUAGAAGUGCUCAAGUACAUUGCUGGGUUCCUGGACAGUUUCAGCUUAUCUCAGCUAUCGCAAGUGUCAGUGCUGAUGAGGGACAUCUGUGCCACUCUUCUUCAAGAGAGAGGAAUGGUCCUACUGGUCUGGGAGAAAAAAAGAUAUUCCUACGGAGGUACUUCAUGGAAAGCUCGCAGAAAGAUCUGGCAGUUCAGCAGCCUGUUCUCCACAGUUAACAAAUGGCAGUUCAAUGAUGCCAUGAGCAUGUCUGAACACCUGAAGAAUUGUCCUUUCUACGACGUGGAGCACAAGAAGGACCCCGUGCUGCUGACGAGCAUGUGUGAACCUCAAGAGCAGAUUCAAAAGACCUUGGUCUCUACUUUCAAGCGCAGGUUCUGAAUGACCUGCAUCCCUUUCCCCAUGUUACUUUCAAGGUCAUUUGAAAGAAGAUUUGGAAAUUCAGUUCUAAAGAUUGUUGUUUCUAACUCUCCUUUGGAAAUACAAAAUUGGCUUCCCUCCAGCUAUAUCUGGAACAUCCUGCAUCUUUCUCCUGCAUUAAUUUAAUUGUUAAAACAACAUCCAUAGAGUUCUGGCACACUGCUCACUGAUGUCAUGUGCUUUUUAUUUCUUUUUCUGUUCUUUGCUUAAUUGAGAAACCUGGAGAAAGUAAUAAGGAUAUUGUUUGUAAGUAGCAUCUUGGCAACCUUGAAGAUAGGCCGUUGCUCCUACACCAUGUCCCUGAGAGAAGCAAGAGCAGUUAAUAUAGGUACAUUAAUGUAGGUACAGCUUGACUAGAUCUGGACCACCUCUCUGUUGGCUGGAGUUUCGGGGCACACAGACAGGUACCCUCCAGCCUGACAGGCCUAGGAAUUGCUAAGGUAUUCUGAGAUGUGGGCAAAGGGAAAGGAGCCCCCAAAAUAAAGUAAAUAAAUUAGAACUCCAAUGAGGACUCAGGAAUGCACCGCACAACCACCAGGACCACCAGGAAUGCACGGACAACCACCGUACAAAACCAUCAUUUAGGGCCCUAAUUCAGGCAAACACGCCUAUUUGUGGGAACAUUGUUGGGAACAUUAAAACCCAACCAAAGCAAACUCACUCAUUCUUAGAAAUAACAAAGUUGCAGACAGUUUUAGGGAGUUGGUUUUUUAUAUUUUUCAAUCAAUAAUUGGCUCUAAAUGUUUCAUUUAAAUAUCCACUAAAGCCAUCAAAAAAUAUCGGAAGACACUUUCAGAAUGUCUUACCUAAUCAGCUUUGCAAUGAACAAUUUGUCACAGCGAGGUUUUUUUUUCCAUAAAAGAAAAAACAUUCAGCAACCCAUUCAGCAUCCCAAGGUACGGAUAAUGUUUACUACAAUUAAAAAGGGGAAAAAUGGAAAAAAUCAGGAAACACUGAAGAUAUCAAAUGGAGUAGAAAGAUUUUUUCUAUUCUAACAGAGCAGAAAAGUGGUUAGGACUUGAUUGAUUUUUUGAUAAGUAAAUUAAGUUGAAAUAAGUUAAUUUGAGAGAAAGCAGGAAUGCUAUGAACAGUGGAUAUCUCAUUCCAAUAUUUAGACUGAUUUCAGACAUGCUAGUUAGAAAUGCCAUAGUUCUGGCUGCAGGUGGGAUUCCUCUGAAAUGGCUUUAGAGUGAUUCAACAGCUGGCAGACUUUGCAUACAAUCACUUUCUUUCUUAAGCUCAUACGCGUGAGCUCAGCACAUGUGAUUUGGCUUUCACCUCACAGGCAUGGGGUACCAGUACUCAUGGAUCCAUGGUGGCCUGGGCCAGGCACUCGCAUGGCAGAGCAGGUGCUGGUGCCACUGCUCUCACUACCUGGGCCAGCUGGAUUAAACCCAACUCAGGUAUAUUGAGACAUGCUGCACUUGCAGCUCCCCAUUUCAGUGUAGAUCGAAGAUGAAGUGACUACACAAGGAAGAACUAGCUCUUAUUGAUAAGGGCCAUCAGUCAUGGUUGCUGAUGAACCUGAAUCGAGCCCAUGGUAACCGAGGGCAUGAAUUGCGUGGUGCCAGAAACAACCCUGAGUACUGUUUGUCCUCAUCUAUACUUGCAGCUUAAAUGGUCCCUGUGAGAUUCUACUGUAUAAGAAUAUUUUUCUCCUCUAGAUACAUGCUCUCAGGAAAAUAUCCUUUGAUUUGUUGGGGUGCAGAUUAGUCCCAGGACUGUCAGCAGGACUAGCAGCAGUUACUGGGUUUUUUCACGGCAUUCUGUCGCCUUUCCCUAGAGAUCCUUCCUAGGAAGUCUCAUAAUGCUGUACACAUGAGAGUAAAUCUGUCUGUACAUGAAACCUGUUGAAAACAAGACAGGUAGCAACACAAUUUUAUGUACAAAAACUUGAGGCAAAAUGACACAAGGAAUCUGAGCUGGGCCAGGCUGCAGUUAAAGCUGGGUGUUCUGCUCCUUCAUCCUGUGUUUUAAUCACUGUGCAAAAACAAACUUACUGUUCUAUAAAGAUGCUUACAAAAACUCAGCUGUCCUCAGAGAAUCCACUAUGAAGUAGAUUGUCCAAUAUUAUCACGCUGUGUUUUAUAUAGGAAAGUUGAUGCAUGUGAGACAACACAAACUUUCUAGACUGGCCUUUACAUGAGGGUCUCUUUCGCGAAAGAUGCUGAGCAGCUGCAAACACAUAUCCAAAAAUCAGGUGCUAGGAUCUAAGCUUGGUAAUUAAAAAUGGAGGCACUCAAGAUUAUGGACAAUUUUAGGAGAAAAAAAGAAGAGCCUUAUACAUAAAGUCUCAGAGUGAGUCAGUGUUCAAGGCGGGUAUAAGAGACCAUUAGAAAGUAAAUUCAGUUUAUGAACUGUCUUCUACUUGAUCAGCCACUUAGCUGCUGUAAACUGGUGUAGCUCCACUGAAACUGUUUUUUGUUAGUGGUGAAUUGGGCUCAUUUUACCUUUAGUAUCAGUGUCACUGGCCUUGCUGCUAUCCUGGUUCAGGCCUACUUCUGUCAGCUUCAGGGGAUUUUCUUCUUGUAUCUUCCUUUUUCUAGAGAUCUUCUGACUUAUGUAGCAGCCUUAUAACAGGUGACCUUGCUUUUUCCCUGGGAAGGAGGUGCCAAAGUCAGACUGCAGAGAGGCUGCAGCUUUGGCAAGUGUGGUCAUCAAAGGCGUGGGUUAGAGAGGAAUGUCUCAACCACUACAUCUAGAGACCAACCUGGGUUAAGAUGCAACAUCUAGGAGACUAGACUUAGAUCCUUUUCCCUGGGGUACUACUAUAAAAUACACUGGAGAUAUACAGGCUUCUAAUUCACCAAGAGAGAAAGAAACAAAUUCACCUGGGUAAAUAUAUAUGCAUACUUUUAUAAACCGUAAAUUUGGUUAAGUCAACAGGAUUCAUUUACAGCCUGUACUUCAGCUAUACAGUAGAAGCUGAAAAUACGCAAUGACCUUUAGAUUAGUCUGGUUAAUCCCACCCUGGAAGAGGGAAGACGGUACAGCAAAGUAGAGAUCCCACUUAGAACGGUGAGUACCUACCUCACAGAUGCCAGCUGGUAGAAACUUCUUACUUUAUCUCUCAUUUAACACUAGAGAAGAGUUGUUGGCUGGUAUCAGAUGCAGUUUAAUUAAUCAGAGCAUGUAUGCCAGACUAGCCGGAUGUUGAUGGUUCUACUCAUUAGCAGGAGCUAAAGAGGGAGGAUUGGGCUUGAAUUUAGCAAGUCUUCAGCCUCCUUGUUCAGGCUUGUAACUAGGCCAGUGGAAAAUCAAAAUAAAUAGGGAAACUUUCCCAUUAGAAAGUUAGGCACCUAAAUAGGAUUUCAGACCCAAAACAUUUCUUGAAUGUCAGUUUGAGGGAUUCAAUCAGAAGAAACAUGGCAUUUGUUACUUUCUAAAACAGCUGUUUUGCUGUGGAGGGACCUGAAUUGGGAAAGUGGAUCCAAUCCAGAAGAGCAUAGAGGUUGCUCUCUGUCCACAUCUCACACUUCAGACCUUCAUGGUUUGGAUCCUGUUAGUGCUGCGCACAUGUCUUGUGAAGGGCAAGAACAAUAUUCUGCAUGCUCCGGAGACUGACAAAUUUUGCAAUGUUUCUUCUUGUUGGAAGAAUAGGAACUAGAAUGAUGGCCUCAUGGAAAUCAGAGAGAUCAGAACAGGGCAAAAAAAGCUGAGAACAAGAGAGUAGGAAGACUGGAAACGGGAAAGGUGCGUGGUUUGGAUAGAGGAGACCUGACAGAGUAAAGGUGACAUGGUGAGAGGCAAGUGGAAAAAGGUAAAAGUGUGUGUGCAUGAAGGGAAGUGGGAUGUGGAAGAGGUGAUGGGACUGGAAAUGUGUUCAGAGGAAAUAAUUCAAUUCAACAGAAACUAGAAGGAUGGGAUAGUAGAGCAGAAACAUAUUUAGUAGAGUAGAGACAUGGAGAGUAUAAGAAGGGAAAUGGAGAGUUUAUUUAUUUUGGUUUCUACUGACAAACUAAGAUAUUUGCAUGAGCCUUGUGAACUCAGUGAAUAGCAGACUCUGUUCUGAGUUAUAAACUUUACCGUGACUCUCGUUCUGUAGUGUGACCUCUGCUCUGGGGUAGACUAUUCAGCUAGUAUGUUGUUGAAAGACCAGAGCUGAGAGGACUUUGUAAAACAAUGAAAAGUCACCAGUUUUGAUGUUCCUGCAUACUCAUUGUUCACUGCCAACAACUAAUGUUCUGGAAAAUGCUUCUCUUUGAGGAAGUGGCUGGGAAUUCCCAUGCAGUGUUGUACAGUAACAUGGGAGAGAUGAUAUUUCUUAAGGGGCAAAAGGGUCGGUCAUAUAGCAACAAAUAUCAUAAGUCCAGACCAGAGGAAGAAAUUACUCGCCAGGCCUCCAACUUCCAAAACUGAGUGAGCACAGACAAGAUAAAGUUUAUCUGAACAACGUUAUUUUGUAAAGGUCUGUAACUCCUUGUUGCUUUCUUAAGAAUAAAAAUUAUUAUGGUUAAACAAAUCAAAUAAAAUACUUGUCUUAGCUUA